CACUUUCCGCCUUUGCCUCGGUUCAUCUUUUGAGGGUCCUCCAUCUCUGUCAGAUUAGUGAAGGAUCCACUUCCCCAGACUCUACUGUCUUCAACAGCUCGAGACUUGUCAUGAACCACAUUCACAUCAAUUCACGGUAGCGACGGACAAGAACCCUUUCACCCAGCCUAUUUGAAGCUUCAGCAAGCUCAAAGCUAUUGCAUAUCAAAGCGUUAACCUCUAAUCACUCUCUAAGCUUCAAUUCACAAUUCCUGAUGGCACUCCCACGAUCCGAAUACCUAUCCUCAGUAUGGAGGGAAGGUAUAUUUGGUACUUCUUCCCCUCCAGUUCAUCAGCAAUAGCAUGACUAGAGCUAAUAUUACAAAAAAGAUGGCAAAGUAGUCUUCUGCACAGGCGGCGCAGGAACAAUAUGCAGCGCUCAAGUCAGAGCCCUCGUCCAUCUCGGCGCAAACGCAUGUAUCAUAGGACGCAACGUAGAGAAGACAGAGAAGAUGGCUCAGAGCAUAGCAACCGCACGGAAAGGAGCGAAAGUGAUAGGGAUCGGAGCAAUCGACGUUCGAAAGAUUGAGAGCUUAGAGCAGGCGGUUGAGAGAUGUGUAAGGGAACUUGGUGGGAUAGAUUACGUGAUGUAAACUCCCCUCCUCUCUCUUCUACGCCCUAUAUUCAAGACAUUCGAAGCUAACUUAUCAAAUAGCGCAGGAGCAGCAGGGAACUUCCUCUCCCCCAUCUCCGGACUCUCAGCGAACGCUUUCAAAACCGUUAUGGAUAUCGAUACCAUCGGAUCCUUCAACACUCUCAAAUCCACCAUUCCCCACCUCCUCGAGUCCGUAAAGAAGAACCCAAAUACCGGACAUAAUACGUCAACUGGCGGAAGAAUACUCUUCAUAUCCGCAUCAUUUCAUUUCACCGGUAUGCCGUUACAGACACAUGCUGCGGCAGCGAAGGCUGGUGUGGAUGCUAUUAUGGCUGGUGCUGCGUUGGAAUACGGUCCUUUUGGUGUGACGAGUAAUGUCAUCACACCUGGUCCUAGUAAGUGGAUUUUCUUUUGGUUCAAUGUGAAAUCCUGAAGGAGAUUCUUGGGUUGCGCCGCAAUUCGCUCUAGGUGUUAGAGUUGCAUUCUCGCUUUUAAUCUCGCCCCCAAACCUCCUCAAACUCUGAAUAUCACACCAUACCUACAAAUCCACUUACCUUCCACCUCUCUAACAAUCCUCCAGUCGCAGGCACAGAAGGCAUGGCCCGCCUCUCCGAUACUUCUUCCACUACGGCCACCAAAAAGAAUCCCCUCGGGCGCUUCGGAACCGUCAGAGAGAUAGCCGAUGGAACGGUCUACCUGUUCAGCGACACAGGUAGCUACGUCAAUGGCGAGGUUCUAGUCAUUGACGGAGGUGGAUGGCGAUCACCAGCUGGUAGCUUCGAUGGUGAGAUGACAUAUCCAGAUUUUAUCUUGCAGGGUGGGGGCUUUGCAAAGGGGAAGGGGGCUAGACAGUCAAAGUUGUAG